AUGAAGCCUGUGAAACUAGACGGAAGAAUAGGAGAGGGCGGCGGACAGGUUGCUGUCACCAUCACCAACGUCAGAGGAAAUCGAGAACGUGGAGGUCUCAAGAGCCAACACGUCACGAGCAUUCAGUUCCUCGCGGAGAUAACAGAUGCAGAUGUCGAGGGCCUAAGUAUAGGUUCCAAGACCAUAACCUUCGCUCCACGACGAGGACCCACAGAACUAUAUCAACGCAAUAUCAAUAUAUAUGCAGAGUCAGGUUCUGCCAGUGCUCUCCUAAUAUUGCAAGCUGUCCUCCCAUUCUUGAUUUUUGCAGGCAAUGAUUCUGAGGAGCCAGUCGAACUUUCAAUAUCUGGCGGAUCCAAUGUGUCCUUUUCGCUCAGUUUCGAGUAUCUUGACCAAGUUCUUUUACCAACAUUAGAGGAACGAUUUGGUAUUCAGACUGAAAGGACUUUGGAACGACGUGGAUGGAGCCUCGGACCCCAGUCCAGAGGCCAAAUACACCUAAAGUUUCACCCAUUGAAAAUUGGACAACCCUUACGAUACAGAGCCCCAGAGCAACGCAAAUAUCCUGAAUCCUUUGAGGUCAAGUCUAUCAGUGUCAGCAUGGUGGUACCUGGCAGCGCACAUGAGAGACUCCAGGCAUCACUGGCAAGGGACUUGGAGGACUUGUUUUCUGGGGCAGACGUCCAUUUCAAGCAUGUUGAAGACACGAAUCUCAAUUCACGGUGGUACAUACUCCUUGUAGCCCAUUCCAUAUCUGGAAUCCGAUGGGGGUACGACUGGCUUGGAUCAAUACCGAAGAAGACGAAGAACAGGGAUAUGUUCGCAGAUCAAGUAUCAAGAAAGCUGUGUCGGGGUUUGUACGAUGAGGUGGCUGUUGGUGGUCAAGUGGACGUUCAUCUUCAAGAUCAAGUGGUCGUUUUCCAAGCACUCUGUGCUGGAUACUCUUCGUUCCCUCGAGGAGAUGCCCCAGAUGAGCCCCCACCUGACACACUAAUCGAUGCCAUGGGAAACCUGGAUAUUGGUACUGGCAGAAUGAGAAAGGAAAAGACGCACGAGCCCUUUGGUUACGGCUCUCUUCAUACGAAGACAGCAAGAUGGGUUGCGAGUGAGAUGUUACCGAGCGUGGAGUUUUACAACAAAGGCGAUCUGGUGAAAGGCGCGGGUAUAUCAAUGCAGUAG